UAUUGGGCUGAGAAAAAGCCCUUAGGAUCUUUUCAGAGACUAAGUCCCGGCUGUGAAGACUUGAGAUGCCCGAGGCGUUGGUGCCAGAUGUCGUCGGAAGCGCGAUGACCCGGCGAGCGGUGGUAUAUGUCGGCGUUGGAGAAGAACGCGACGACUGUGGCGGGACUUCGACAAACUUCUCAUUUUCGUUGUUGGCGACGGUGAUGACGACGUCGCGGUUGAGGCGUUUCUCCUGUUGCACGAAUCGUCCCGAAGAGCACAUGUGUUGCCCGCAGCAGCUGUCCAAGAACCAGGUGUUUCGCCCGGUGGGUUCGGCGUUGGCGACCGCAGCAUAUGUUGGAUUGACUUGAAGGCCUUGUGAGCGCGGUGGCGGGAGCUCUUCUUCGUCUGGCGCCUCUCAUACCAUAUUGGGCUGAGAAAAAGCCCUUAGGAUCUUUUCAGAGACUAAGUCCCGGCUGUGAAGACUUGAGUAGUG